AGGGAAGGUUGUGUAACAGGAUAAUGGCCACCCUGUAUAUAACUUUUAGGCGCUUAUCAUAUUCAAUAAAUAUCUAUGUGCGUUUAUCAAUACGAAUAAAUGCGGACGAUGACAUUGACGCUCGAGCUAUUAAAGCGUAUAAAUGUAUGCAAGGCUAAAUUCUUGAGUUUUAUAAUUUUCUAAGAUUAUUUGCCGUUUUGGGAUUUGUUUAAUUGGAAAAUGUAAGUUUCAACUCAUCAAAUAUAAUAACUCUGCACUUAUUUGUAUUUCAGCAACGAGUUCGAUACCCGUUGGUCAUUUUAUUUACCUAAUACAAUUAAUAGAAGCCGUUAUUACCAACUCAUUUGAGUAAUUUAUAAGUGCAUAAUCUGCACAAAAUUAAAUAUCAGGAAGUCCACAUAUGGACUUCUUGAGUCACGGAGUCGAACCAUAAGAAAUCCACCCCUUGCGGAGUAACGAACAUAGUUCUAAAGGGAGCCCUCGUCAGAAAGAUAAGUCUUUCACCUCGUCUUUCACCUACCAUUCACUUAUCACUUACACGCAUCAUCUCAUAUUGUUAAUUGUCAAAAUUGUUAUCACUAACUACAUUAUUGUGUACCGAUCAGUGUUUAAAAUUUGCAAGAUUAUACUCAAUUCAUUGAGGUGGCCAGUAGAAAGCGCUUUCCAUUGUCCCUGCUCAAUUUCUGACAUCACAGAAUUGUUUUAUUAUUGCUACUGUCCACUGUGAAUACCUUGCCUCGAGAUUGCCAUCCUCUGGCCUCCAUUCCAACAACGAACCCCAAUCCUUCCAAUUAGUUGUACCACGUUUGCAUUUGUUACACGAGGCUACAAAAAAAGUAUUGCAUCGCCGCGUGGUUACAGUUGUACACUGCCUUUUUUUGUGCCGGAGUCAGUCAAUUACUAAGUCGAUGACUUAAUUUUCUACAUUUCCAGCACCUCACUUGAACUCUGUUUCGCCAUUUGGGUCCUUGGGGUUUCUUUGACGCUUUCUCCGGGAUAGUGAAGAUUCUAUCAGAUUUCAUCUUUUCUCCUCACCAGCGUGAACUUAACAUCGCCUUUGGACGGAUAAAGAAUACGUAAAGUCAUUAAAUAUAGUCGUAUAAUGGUAAAGCUAUACACAAACUUUUUCCCCAUGCUCAAUUGAUAACUAUAAUGACAGACCACAGCGAACCGUACGAUCAAUACACAAUAUUGGGGUGUCCGAGGAAUCUACGGUGUGGUUCCUUUCGUUCCCUUUAAUUUGGAGUAAUUUAUAUGUUUUUACUAGGUGGCCCCAUUUCCAACAAUCACAACAUACAUUAGUAUGUGCUUAGACUUGGCUCGCGUUAACAAUGAAGAUCCUAUUAAUCUUGGCGUGCGUCAUAAGCAUGGCAGCCUCUUUGGCGAUUGUCAAGGAUCGUAGAAAUGCAUCGACGGCUACUUGCAUACGUAAAACUAUCGACAAACUUUUUUCCGAUGCUCAUUCAAUAACGUUUGUGACAGACUACAGCGAGUACUGCGACGAUAUCGUUCCCCUUGAAUUGAACAGGCCGGUCUUUGUGGUUGCUGUGAACCUGCACCCAAAAACCGUGAAUUUUUUUACGACGGGUAAUGAUUUUAUCUUCUGCGUUAGAAAUGUAGACCUCUUGAGUUACGCCUCUUAUUUGAUUGGACAUUUAAAAUGGAGCGAACGUAAAGGAUACUCCGACGUAAGAGUUCUAGUCAUUAGCCCCGAAAACGUGGAACGAAUGCACGAUCAGUGCUGGAAGAGUUGGUUACACAACGUGGUCCUUUUAAGUUGGGGUUCUGGAGAAGAAGUUCUGAGCGUCACAAACCAGUUUGCGGAGGGAAAUUGCGGUGCACGUGCUAGGGUAAUCGAGAAGGAAUCGUGUGCAGGUAGUGUAAACAUCCAGUUUCCUAAAACUUCGAAUUUGAACCAAUGUCCCCUUUUCUUGGCCGUUUACCAUAAAUCGCGUUUUCAUUUGAAAUUCACGCAGCAUUUCCCAGACGUACGUUACAUCAUGAAAUUUGUAAUGCCGUUAAUGGCGCAGUACUUUAAUGCAAAAUACGUGGUACAUGUUGCAACAGACGAGGGCGGAGUACAACAGUUUAUCCAAAACGAUAAGAAUAUAUCCAUCUAUCUUCAAGUAGAUCCCAAUGCUCCUGCCAAUGUAGUAUCUCAACCUAUAAUAACACUCCCUAUAGUAUGGAUAGUACCGAAAUCUUUGCCAGUUCCCGCCAUACGAGUGGUGUUACUAGCAUUUAAGAGUUUAAUGUGGUACCUCAUCAUCUUCACCUUCGUAAGUACCGUGUUUGUUUGGUGGCUGAUCGUGGGCUGCCAAAAUAGAAGAUUCCGUCUUGAGGAUGGCUUAGACGCAAUGACCAACGUGAGUUCCCUAACGAUACUGAGCUCGAUCCCAGUCAUGCCAAGAUCAUUUCUUCAUCGUUCCGUUAUUCUCGCAUACUUAAUAUACAUCAUCCACAUCAGUUGCGCAUUCACGUCGAGGUGGAUUGAACUUCUUACGGUACCGCAAUACGAACUCCAAAUAAAAACUGUGCAACAACUCGCGGACGCAAAUUUGCCGAUUUACAUUUCUAACAAUUUUCAAAGGAAUCAUUUCAGUCGCAAUGACACCAACAAUGCUCUCUACGAAAAACUGCAAAAGUUACUGAUACCCUGCCGUACUCACGAUACAAUGACAACAGGCAUAAGGAGAGUUCAUAAUUAUCGCAAUUGCGCGGCUAUUGUGACACACCAGGAUAUCAUAACCACUCAAAUGAGCAUGACAGACAAAUUUGACGUUGUAAAAAUUGAAGAUAGCUCUAUAACCGGCGCACACCACCUGAAAUUCGGAUACAAACUCAAUUACUACUUCGCCUUCCAUAUUGACACAUUUCUCCAAAAGCUUGUGGAAUCUGGAAUUGGACCGAAGGAAUUCAAUGAACUCAAUGCCGAAUACUUUAAAAACGGGAUCCGCGAAGAGGCCCAGGAUACGGUGGUAUUGACCUUAGGUCAUUUGUAUUUCGCAUUCUGCUUACUUGGCCUGGGAUUAGCGUUAGCACUUGUAGUUUUCUUGGUGGAACUGUUCACCGGAUUUAUAUUUUAAUAAUUAUUGUAUUGUAAUUGUUGCAAAUAUUUUGAGAGAAUUGAUCACAAUGUAGCACAAUUUGUAAAUGUUAAUAAAUUGAGAAUGAAACCCA